UCCUCUCUGAGAACGACGUCUGCUGUCUGAUUCUGCUCCUGAAUGCUCUGGAUUUGUUUGGACCAGAGAAGAUCGAAGCGGGCCUCACGCCUCAGCACCGGUUUUACAUCCCAUCCUCGGCACUCCAAAGAAGCAUGGGAGGAGCUGCAUCAGACGAGGUGCUGCUGGUGACCACUGUGAUCGAAAGCAUUUACUUUAAGGUGAGUGAACCAAGAAGAAGUAAGAGCAGAGCAAUCAUGCCAACCCGCAUAGACGGAGAUGUCAUGGGGGGGUUUGUGUUGGUGGUGAGGGCAGGGAGUCAGUCGGUCACAAACCUCCCACACCCCGUCAGAUUAACCUUUGUGCACAACAAACAGGUGGACGCUGGGACGUGUGUGUUCUGGUACGAGUCUGCACACGGGAAUGGAACAGUGUAUUGGAGCCCAGACGGCUGUGAAACCAACAACACUGGGAGUGAAACAAUCUGCAGCUGCAACCACAUGAGCUUCUUUGCUGUACUUGUGGUAAAUUUGUGGCAUUGGGCCCUUUGUUGUAUGGCGGGCAGCACAGACAUCUUUUCCUAUUUUCCUCCUAUAAUGCUUCGUUUCAAAUGUGCUCUGAGCUCCGCCUCCGAGUCACUCUCUUCCUCUCAGUCGGUCAGUCAGUGA